AGCGACUCCUCUUGGCUCCUGCGCUGAUCUCCGGCUGCGUCGCGCAGAGGCGCUGCAGCGGAGCUCAGACCCAACUUGGAAACUGCAGCGAUGCUGAGGACUUUACUGCCGCUCCAGGAUCGCCUUCUUCUGGGAAAAGCCUUCAUCUGAGGAUACGUGGUUCCUGCGGAGAGCCGCCGCUGCCUGCUGGCCCACAGCCCGCCGGACCCAACUUUGUUCCGGACGCAUCGCGCUGCAGGACGGAGCGAGGAGGACGAUGGGGGUCGGCAUUCCUCCCCCCCUCACUCUGCUGUGCCUCAGCUUCGUCUCCGGGCUUUGGACCCUCAACCCCGACGACCCGAACGUGUGCAGCCACUGGGAGAGCUACGCCGUCACCGUGCAGGAGUCCUACGCCCAUCCGUUCGACCAGGUCUACUACACCCGCUGCACCGACAUCCUCAACUGGUUCAAGUGCACAAAGCACAGGAUCAGCUAUAAGACGGCCUACAGAAGAGGCGUGAGGACCAUGUACAGGAGACGCUCGCAGUGCUGCCCCGGAUUCUACGAGACCGGAGACCUGUGUGUCCCGCUGUGCUCAGAGGAGUGCGUCCACGGUCGCUGCGUCUCUCCUGAUACCUGCCAGUGUGAGCCCGGCUGGGGAGGCCUGGACUGCUCCAGCGGCUGUGAGAGCGACUUCUGGGGCCCCCACUGCACCAACCGCUGCCAGUGCCGCAACGGCGCCAAAUGCAACCCGAUAACAGGAGCCUGCGUCUGCACCGACGGCUACCAGGGCUGGCGCUGCGAGGAACACUGCGACCCCAACCUGUACGGCAAAGACUGCAUGCAGGAGUGCCAGUGCCUGAACGGCGCCACCUGCCAUCACCAGACCGGAGAGUGCCUCUGCGCGCCCGGAUACACCGGCGCCUUCUGUGAGGAGCCUUGUCCUCCAGGUAAACACGGCUCCUUGUGCGAGCAGCGCUGCCCCUGCCAGAAUGGAGGAACGUGCCAUCAUGUCACCGGAGAGUGCGCCUGCCCCCCCGGCUGGAUGGGUCCGGUGUGCGCCCAGCCGUGCCCGUUCGGAUGGUUCGGCAUCAACUGCUCCGAGGAGUGCACAUGUCGCAACGGCGGGCUGUGUGACCACAUCAGCGGUCAGUGUCAGUGCACGGCCGGCUACAUCGGAGAAAGAUGCCAGGAGCAAUGUCCGGUCGGCACGUACGGCCCGCAGUGCGCUCACAAGUGCGACUGUCUGAACAGGGCCAAAUGCUACCACAUCAACGGGGCCUGCCUGUGCAACGAGGGCUUCAAGGGCCCAAGCUGCCAGGACCGCUUCUGUCCCGUCGGCCUUUAUGGACUCUUCUGCGACAAAUACUGCCCCUGCAAGGCCGACAACACACUCAGCUGCCACCCUCUGUCGGGGGAGUGCACCUGUGCUGCCGGGUGGGCGGGGCUUUACUGCAACGAGACCUGCCCAGCUGGUUACUACGGCGAGGGCUGCAAAGAGCCGUGUAGCUGCGCUAACGGAGCCGACUGUGACGGCGUCACCGGAGCCUGCAUCUGUGCGCCGGGAUACAUAGGAGACGACUGCUCCAUCAGCUGUCCUCUGGGUCUCUACGGCACCAACUGCACCUCCUCGUGCUCCUGCCACAACGAGAUCUCCUGCUCGCACACCGACGGCUCCUGCACCUGCAGAGAAGGCUGGCAGGGCGUGGACUGCACCGCCCCGUGCUCCAGCGGCACCUGGGGUUUCACCUGCAACCAGACGUGUCAGUGCGCCAACGAGGCGGCCUGCGACCCCGUCAACGGAACCUGCACCUGCUCGCCGGGCUGGAGGGGGGAGUACUGCGACGCCCCAUGUCCCGAGGGAUCGUACGGCUUGGACUGCCGGGAGACAUGUGACUGUGUGCACGCCGACGGCUGUGAUCCGCUGACCGGAACCUGCCGCUGCCUCGCUGGUUGGACCGGUGUGCGCUGCGACAGCGUUUGCACCGAGGGCCUCUGGGGGCCAAACUGCUCCUACAGCUGCACCUGUGAGAACGGAGGUUCCUGCUCCCCGGAGGACGGUUCCUGCAUGUGCGCUCCUGGGUACCGCGGCACCAACUGCAGGAGAACCUGCUCCGCUGGAUUCUACGGCCUUCGCUGCAGCCAGUCGUGUCCUCAGUGCGUCCACAGUAACGGGGCGUGCCACCACGUCACCGGACGCUGCGACUGCCUCUCCGGCUUCUUUGGCUCCCUCUGCAACCAAGUGUGUCCCAGUGGGAAGUACGGCGAGGCCUGCUCUGAGACCUGCCUCUGCACCAACAACAGCACCUGCAACCCCGUGGACGGCUCGUGUCAGUGCUACCCCGGCUGGAUCGGAGACGACUGCUCCAAACCGUGUCCUGCAGGAUCGUGGGGUCCAGACUGCGUCCACCCGUGUAACUGUCACAACGGAGCCGAGUGCAGCGCCACGGACGGAGAGUGUGCCUGCAGCCCCGGGUGGACCGGGCUGUCCUGCACGCAGCGCUGUCCGUCGGGUUUCUACGGCUCUCAGUGCGCCGAGGUGUGCCGGUGCCAGAACGGUGCCGACUGCGACCACAUGACGGGGCAGUGCUCCUGCAGGACGGGCUUCAUCGGGCCCAGCUGUGAGCUCAAGUGUCCCUCGGGAACGUUUGGCUACGGCUGCCAGCAGCUCUGCGAGUGCAUGAACAACGCCACGUGUGACUACGUGACGGGAACCUGCUACUGCAGCAUCGGCUUCAAAGGGAUCCGCUGUGACCAGGCCGCUCUGAUGAUGGAGGAGCUGAACCCCUACACCAAGAUCAGUCCGGCGCUGGCGUCGGAGCGCCAGUCGGCCGGCGCCGUCCUGGGAAUCGUCUUCCUGCUGCUGCUCAUCAUGGCCAUGCUCGUCCUGGUGGUCUGGUUCCGGUACCGGCAGAGAGAGAAAGGCCAGCAGGCCCCCAGCGUCACGUACACGCCCUCCCUGCACAUCAACUCCACCGACUACUCGCUGUCAGACUACAUGAAGGGCUCGUUGUCCAGCACCUGCUCCCUGAACAGCGAGAACCCGUACGCCACCAUCAACGACCACCCGGCCCUGUGCAAACACUCAGAGAGCAGCUACGUGGAGAUGAAGUCGCCGGUGCACCGUGAGCACGUGACGCACUGCUGCCCCGCCGCCAUCAUCAGCACCGGCGGCGGCGUGCCCACCAGGAACGUCUACGACAUGGAACCGACCGUCAGCAUCGUCCCCGGCGCCGGCGCCGCGCUGCUUCCCGGUUACACCCAGAACCCCUACGACCUUCCCAGGAACAGCCACAUCCCGAGCCACUACGACCUGCUGCCGGUCCGGUCCAGCCCGGCCCACAGCCCCCCGCUGCCCGGCAGCCCCACCAGCUCGCUGCUCUGAGCCUCCGCCCCGGAUCGCCCCCCC